AGUAUACGACAAGGAAGAUUUUCAGUGUACAGUGUGAGUAUGUAAUUUAUAAUCAAGAAAAUUAGCAGUGGUAGAGUUAUCUCUGAGUUUUUCAAAAUACAAGAACAAGUGCAGAGAGCAGAGAGGAGGGAGGGAGGAAGAAGCAAUGGCGGAGUCUCAGUUGGUUCACCCUCCUUUAUUCACCUAUAUCUCAAUGCUCGCUCUGCUCACUUUAGUACCCCCUUUUGUUAUUCUUAUGUGGUAUACAAAUGUUCAUGCUGAUGGAUCUGUAUUGCAAACAUUUAAUUAUCUAAAGGAGAAUGGCCUGCAAGGACUAAUUGACAUUUGGCCAAGACCCACUGCAAUUGCGGGAAAAAUAAUAAUUUGCUAUGCUCUAUUUGAGGCUACACUUCAGCUUUUGUUGCCUGGUAAAAGGGUUCAAGGACCGAUAUCUCCAACUGGACACAGGCCUGUCUAUAAGGCAAAUGGCAUGGCAGCAUAUACAGUGACACUAAUUACCUAUCUCAGCCUUUGGUGGUUUGGAAUAUUCAAUCCUACAGUCGUGUAUGAUCAUCUGGGAGAGAUUCUCUCUACACUAAAUUUUGGAAGCUUAAUCUUCUGUCUCUUUUUAUACAUAAAAGGUCAUGUUGCACCAUCUUCCACUGAUCACGGUUCAUCAGGGAACAUAAUAGUUGACUACUAUUGGGGGAUGGAGUUAUAUCCUCGCAUUGGCAAACACUUUGAUAUCAAGGUCUUCACAAACUGCAGAUUUGGCAUGAUAUCUUGGGGACUCCUCCCUAUUACCUACUGUAUAAAGCAGUAUGAAGAAUAUGGAAGUCUCUCUGAUUCCAUGCUUAUACAUACCAUAAUAACGUUGGUGUAUGUCACGAAAUUCUUUUGGUGGGAAGCAGGUUACUGGAACACCAUGGAUAUUGCUCAUGACAGAGCCGGUUUUUACAUAUGCUGGGGUUGCUUGGUAUUUCUUCCAUGUAUGUACACUUCUCCUGGCAUGUACCUUGUCAAACAUCCUGUAAAUCUUGGACCUCAGCUUGCAAUUUCUAUUCUAGUAGCUGGUAUUCUCUGCGUUUACAUAAACUAUGAUUGUGACAGACAGAGGCAAGAGUUUCGCAGAACAAAUGGCAAAGCCCUUGUCUGGGGAAAGGCUCCUUCGAAGAUUGUUGCCUCAUACACUACUACCACUGGCGAGACUAAAUCCAGCCUUCUCCUGACAUCUGGAUGGUGGGGCUUAUCGCGACAUUUCCAUUAUGUUCCAGAAAUACUAGCUUCAUUUUUCUGGAGUGUUCCAGCUCUUUUCAACCAUAUCAUGCCCUACUUCUAUGUUAUCUAUCUGACGGGCCUCCUUUUGGAUCGAGCCAAAAGGGAUGACGAACGGUGCAAGUCAAAGUAUGGCAAAUACUGGAAAAAGUAUUGCGAAAAGGUGCCUUACCGGGUAGUACCUGGAAUUUAUUAGUGUUUCUUGAGCUUCAACUGAUGAACUGUCUUUAAUUAGUGCUGCUGCUACUAUAUUUUCAGUUGUAGUAGUAUUUAGACCAUGAAAUUUUUUUCUUUCAAUAAAAGCACUUUUAGUUGAACCAACAUCUCAUUUCUAUGGUUGUAAGUUGUAACACGAUGAAAAAGUUAGCUUGAAAUAGAUAUGUCAGUGGAAUUAGUUGAGGUGCGUGAAAA